GCUUUUAGGAAGCAAAAGAAGGAGAAAUUUGAAAGUGGUCUCCUCCACCGAAAGGAACCAUCAACUCCUUCCAAAUAUCACUAUAAAACUAUUAUACUCUCUAGUGAAGUUUCUUCCUUACUUUAAACUUGCUAAUAUCCAAUUCUCCACAAACUCUCACCAAUGCCAUCCACCUCAAAUGCAUGGAUCUUCACCUGCAUUCUUCUCUCCCUCCCCGUGCAUUUCACCAUCUCUGCUGCUGUGCAUCCUAUCCCAAUAAAUGGCACAUGUCAUGACACUUGUGGCACAAUGCCAGUGAAGUACCCCUUUGGCUCCGGAUUUGGUUGCGGGCACCCCGACUUUUCUAGAUAUGUAAGAUGCAACUCUGACAUACUAGAGUUCUCGACUGGAACUGGAAUUUACAAUAUCUCAGAAAUCGAUUACACAACUGGUUCCUUAAUUAUCACAGACCCCUUCAUGUCUACUUGUAGUUCAAUGCAGAACUCAGGAAGCUUUAGCCUGGAUCGAGCUAGUCCAUUCUCUUUAACGGGGGAAAAUAUAUUUGUCUUGCUUGGAUGCUCAACCAAUUCUCCUUUAUUUGAUCCAGCUGAAGAUUUGUGUGCUAUGGUGUCGCGCUCCCGUGUAUGCAGAGGGCUAUACUCUUGUAAGGGAGUGACAGGAACAGGGUUGCCACAGAAUGCGCCACCUUCCACUUGUUGUGUUUACGAGUCACCUAUCCAACUAGCAGGCUACCCGUUGGAUCUUCCAAAGCUCCAAUGCUCUUCUUAUACAUCAAUAUACAGUUUCGGGGGGAGUGAGGGGGAUCCAGUGAAAUGGAAAUUUGGGAUUUCUCUGCAAUAUAAUGAUUCAUACUAUUCUAAUUUAUGCAAAGAUUGUGAAACAAGCGGGGGCUUGUGCGGCUUUGCAGGUUUUGAUCAGUCAUUUGCUUGCAUUUGUAGGAAUGGGAAGAACACCUCCACUAGUUGUUUUGGCCAAGGCUAUGCCUGGAGCGGGACACGGGAGUCAAAAAUUCAAACCAAGCUCAGUUUUGGAGGAAUCUUGCUCUUGUGGCUGGCACUUUCUAUUUGAAGAUUGGAAAUGAAAGAUCUCCAGGAGUAAGCCUAGAACUUAAUCGCUUCUUAGGUCAAAUGCAGCACUUUAUUCUCUAACUGACAGGAAAAAUGUCCUGAUUCUGCAUCUACCUAGCUUACUGCAUGUCAUGAUUGUAUGUUCCAUUUUUGUUUAAAGUUCAAACUUCAAAAUGGAUAAUACGUUCUGUAUUACAGCUUACUGUUACCGUUACUGAUAACUGAUGAUGUACAAAAUUUUCAAUUUGCUUACGAAGAAGAUAGAUGUGAUUGGAUAAUAGGUUCAUUAUUUAAUUCUUA